AUGGAAGGAAAGGAGUUGAAUGAUCCUUCAUCAUAUAGACGGCUCGUGGGCAGGUUAAUAUACUUGUCAAUAACAAGGCCUGACUUGGCUUAUGCUGUUCACAUGCUAAGUCAAUUCAUGGAGAAACCUCGGCAACCACAUCUUGAGGCUGCACACAAGGUCCUCAAGUACAUUAAACAAGCAUCUGGACAAGGAAUUUUUCUCCCUUCCACGGGUUCAUUGCAAUUACAAGCAUUUUGUGUUGUCAAUUGGGCUAGAUGUAGAGAUACUAGAAGGUCGAUAAAGGGGUACUAUGUUUUGCUUGGUCAAGCACCUAUUUCCUGGAAAACUAAGAAACAAACAACUAUAUCUCGUUCUACUGCAGAGGCUGAAUACCAUUCUAUGGCCACCACAUGUUGUGAAAUCAUAUGGUUGAAGAAUAUUCUGAAGGAUCUAGGAGUGAAACAUCCACAACCAAAUCAAGCUGUUUUGUGA